AUGACUUCUUCACUCUCUCCAGGAAAGGUGCUGCUUCUCGCAGCUCACUAUGCUACGCAUGCAGAUAUCGAGAGCUUGGCCCGCUUGUCCAGCCAGCAGACCAAGGUGCUGCACAAGGAGCUGUUGUUGAGGAUUCUUCUCACAUAUCUUCCUGAGAUCGUUAAACCUUCCAUCUAUGUUGGUUUCUUGCUCUCACUGGCCAGGGACAGUCUCGAGGAAUACUCCGAUGGCGUGUUAGACACAGCUCCAGUUGAAGGCUUAUCAGAGGAUGAGGUCUCUAAGCGUGCAAGGAAGCUUCAUCUUCAACAACUUACGUGCACCGACGCACCCAGUCACUUUCACAAUGACCCGAUAAGCACCUUUCUUAUCCAGAGGUCGUAUAGAAUGGACAGCGAAACCGGGCUCUUAUCACAGGUUCUCAGCCUGCUCACUCCCUUUUCAUCUCACUCACCAGAACUUCGGUCUUGGAUAACCUCAACAGUUGUUCCAUAUGUAAGGAGAAACGUGGAAUAUUAUACGGAUGAGAACCCUCCGUACUCUCUACUCGAAUUUCAGAAGCUCUCAGAUCCAGCCGCAGUGCUAUAUCUGCUUUCCAGGACUGGCAGCCGUGAAGGGGAGAAAGGCCUCAUUGGCCGUGACAUCAGAGGACUCAUCGGGCCAUGGCUUCAGGGACAUAUUCAUUGGCGUUCAAAACCAACCGAUGACGACAAUCACAAUGUUAGCGACGCCGUCUUCUCUGCUGGCUGGGAGCAGUUUCUGGAAUGGCUCACUGAUCAAGCAGUGACUUCAUGGACAGUUGCUGUCGCUGUAACUGAGCAGUGGGGAGGACCAAAAGACCUGGAUUUAGGAGAAACGACCGGCUCAGAACUGACAGAAUCUCAGUUUCAGUACUUGCUCCAAGGCUAUGCACGAGCAGCACUUGCAUCUGCAUAUUUGAUUUCCGAAUCCACGGUGGAGGCAUUACCUGGUGCCUAUCAAAUUACGACACAUAUAAUGUCGUUACUUGGCCAUGACAACAUCUCCCCGACCCUCGAUAUGGCAGUUUCUAGACUGCCUAACAUGUCUGACUUUGAUGCGUCGUCAUUCCUUGGCAUGAAAACUGCGACCUAUAUGAGAAACGAUCUGCUUAGAGAAACAAACCCAUUGACUUCUCCCACGGAGGCAGCAAUGGUCCUACUGCUGGCUUUAAUUAUGAGUGCUUCUAUUUGUACCGGCUUCGGAGUGCCUUACUCUGUCAGAAAGGCCGGAGACUUGGCUUUUAUUCAGGACCAACGCGAGCAAAAAGGCGAGAUUGCCAAACUUAUUCGAAGUGCGUCCACUCGAAUACAGGGUGACGAAGAUCAAUACUGGUCACAAGUGAGAGACAAAAUCCUAUGGUUGAACACGUGGGGUAUAAGUAGAGAUCAACCAGCCAGUUCUGAAGCCAUAAGAGGCAUCGCUGGGACGGUGUCUACGGAGUUUAUCGAAACGGAGAUACUCAAGGCUCUACUCUCCAACUCACGUUACGCCCUUGCCAAAAGCAUCUACGAGGACGGUCACAGCAAGCCCCUUGCCGCGGAAAUAAUACAAGACACAGUAUAUCAAGCGGCACUACGCGCUUUUGACAAUGCUUCCAACCCGAACCGGUCGAGAGGAGGGCUCAAGAAAUGUGAUGAGAUCAUCCAUUCGUUCCCAGCGACAUUGGACAAGACGCAUCCAGCUACCAAGCGCGUGGAAGCGUUGUUGCGAUGUACGCAUGCCUUGAGUGAUUAUCGACUUACACUCAAGCAAGGAGAGCCAUUCAAGCCCGUAGUCCUUCGAGUGCACUCUGAUCCAAUAUCAAUCAUCGACAAAGUCCUUGAGCAAAACCCAAAGGCAUACACACGUCUCCCCGAGUUCCUGGAAAUGGCCGCCAACAUGGUUCGCGCCGGUAUAACGCAACAAGCCCGCUCCAUCAAAUUCGAUUCAGAAACAGGAGACAAUAGCAAGGAGCUUCAUCGUGCGGAGAAGCUGAUCAUUGCUUCAUGCAUAGAGGCAGCACUAAGAGAAGAUGACUUUGAGACGGCUUACUCCUACGUUGUUAGUCGUCUAGAAACACCCAGCUCUGAUGGAGACCAAGACGAAUGGUCUUGGAAGGCAGCCCUAAAAGCAGGCCAGUAUAUCCGAACCGAGAGGACGUUGCUGCCAACGCAUCUAGGUAUUGCAAGUGGCAACCCCGAGAUCCGUCACCUAGAGCAGCGUAUAGAGUGUCUCGCAACCGCGCUACGUGUCGCACCCACCUCUCAGCUUCAGGAGAUCCUCAAAACUUUCCGACGCUGCGAAGAGCAGCUGGAUUCCGCCAUCAACGAGGAGGCUGCCGCCGAAGCUUCCUGGGCCGGAGUUGGAGAAGUUCCGGGAGCGUUUGAAUCACAAGCCCCGCAGAACUUACAGCCAGCAAGGAACAUGACGGCCACGGCUGCCUCUAGGCAGGCAGAAGAGGCGCCAAUGUCCCUUUUCGAUCUCUCACGAGCAACCGCCAGCAUGGCAUCGCGAAAUUUCACCAAGCUGUCUAAUUUACCUUCUCUCGCAACCUCCAGAGCACCGGCUUCACCAUCUCCGUCUGAGGAGGCGCCGCGGGUGAGGAAGAGGGACCAGCUCAGGGAAGCAGCCACUGGCACGCUCGUCUCUGGAGUUGGUUGGUUAAUAGGGGCAAAUGUCAAUCGAGAAGCGACGGAGACUUGA